AUGCCAUUGACUAAAAGCCAGUCGAACAGCAGCGAGGCGACGCCGGAGUCUCGACGGGAGUCUCUCCGUCGUCUCAGCUCCCUAUCGUCGCUGCACCUCCUCAAUCCAUUCGCCCGGCGUCGGUCCWACAACACGACAGAGAACUCGCCAUCUACAGUCUCCCUCUCCAGCAGCGUCAUUGCUGAAGUGCCGAAAAGUCACAAGGACUACCCCACCACGCAGCUGUUCGGUGAAUACAACAACAAUGACAUCGGACCCGUCCCACCUCCUCCACUCCCCAGUAGCCGCUGGCCGGAGCGGAAAAGCAGCUACAUUUGUAUCCCAGAUGACCCAAUCGGCGGCAUGCCACGCAGCAGGACUUUUAGCAAUCUUCCCUUGCCGUCGCGCGCAAAGAAGUCGCAGCAACCACUCCCACAAUCCAAAUCGCAUGCUAGACUUCCUUCUGUGUCGCAGCCAAGGGCUCACAGUCGCAUUCCUUCAUUGCAGUCCAAGUCUCACGCUAGGAUCCCAUCUGCACACCCGGUGACGAGGCUACCAUCCCCGAUCAUAUCCAACCGCAAGUACUCUGCAUCUCGUCUGCCCAUUUUGGAGAGCAGGGUCAAUGGCGAAAGGCGGAGACUGCCUCGCUCUGAUACCAUGCCACUGCUGGGCAACCACAACCGGGAGACCAGCUUUCGACACUCUACCGCUUUCAAGGAGAAUAUCUCGAUCAGUCCCAUCAAACCGCUAUCAGCGAUGGGGCUGCUUGAUGAAAAUUGCACUUACGAUUCCUCGUUCGCGCCAUCAUCCUUCGAUAGCAACCAAGACUGGUUUGAGAAUGAAGGCGCUCACUUGACCCGAAACCUGUCGUCACUCCAGCUCUCCGGUCUUGAAGGCUCCAGUCCAGAAGGGGACAAGAGCAGUCCUCUCUAUCGCAGCACAAACCGACGGCCAGGCACACCAGGACAAGGUGAAGGGAUGCAGAGAUGGCAAUCCCAGCCAGUCUUGACGAGCGUGACCAACAAUCGCCAGUCGCAAGCUCAUGGAGAGAUUAAGCAGGCCCGCCUGAUGUCCGCCCGCCAGGCUCCAACACCUCCGUUAUCAAAGACACCCGCCGCAAAACAGAUCUUCAACAGCAGCUCUAACUUGCGACUGGUAAGUCAUGCUUCGGACCAUAUUCGUGAGGUCUCGGCGAAGCUUUCGCCCACACGCCUCUCUCUUUCGGGACCCGACAGAUCCAGAGGCGACUCYAUCGGUCAGCGCACGCCUCUCAACUCGCGUCCGGCUGUCAAACCAGAGGAAUUGAUCCUCCGCGCCGAGCCAGUGGCAUUCUGGACUGGCCGUUUUUCCGCCCUCAAUGAUCGGUAUAGGACCGAAGAAUUCACCGCCUCCCUACCAACCGCCAUGGACGUCGUCCGAGAGUCAUCUUAUACGAACCUAUCUCAUAGCUCCUCCAGCUUCGACAGCCCAUGGCCCUGUAAGAGCUYCACGAAUAGGACGAACACUCCACAAGCGAACACGGCUCGUAUGCGUCGGGCGGUCGAAGCAUUGUAUGCGCUCUGCGGGAAUGACGAGGCGCGGGACAGCUUUUCGAAGUGGCAGGCGCAGCUGGCCACUGCCUUGCAUAAUUCCGAGUUGGGAAGGCCAGUGAAGGGACCAGGAAAGAUGAGUGGGUGUCAGUUGGAGAUGAAGUUAAAGGAGGAUAAUGCACCAUCGUCUGCGGGAAGUGGUGCUAGAAAGGUGAGUUUGAUGGAUAGGAUCCUGGGCAGGAGGACCGGAAGCGUGUUUGGCAUUGGUGUCGGUGCCUAA